AUGGGCAAGUGUGUUUUCAGCAACUUGUGGCUUCAGAAAUCACUGUAUAAAGAUUGGCUUCGAGAAGUCAAGGGUGACAAGCACAAGGCACGAUGCAUCGUGUGUAUGAAGGAUGUUGACAUUUCGAGCAUGGGAGAGUCAGCGCUCACAAGUCACUUGAAAGGAAAAAAACAUCAAACACUGACAUCCCAGAAAAGGUCAUUAGCAAGCGUUCCAGAUUUUUUUGGCGUUUCUUCUCAACAACCAGCAACUACAAGUGACGAUGCCAAAGAAGUUUCAAAAUCCGCUUCGUCUGAAAGUGGCGAACACAACACGCUCAACCCCACAAAGUCUAGUACUACGAGUUCAUCUGGUUCAUCGGUGAUGGAAAGAAUUGUCACUCGUGAUGAGACUUUGAAAGCAGAAAUUUUGUGGGCAUUGAAGGUGAUAAUGUCUCAUUACUCCUAUAAAUCAUGCGAAGGUACGAGCAAAUUGUUUCAAGCGAUGUUUCCUGACAGUCGGAUCGCGAGUCAGUUUACAUGCGGAGAAAAGAAAUGUGCAUACUUGAUCUGUUUUGGGCUCGCUCCACACUUCAAACAACUUUUGAAGGACGUUGUGAAAAAAGAAGCUUAUGUACUUAUGUUUGACGAGAGCCUGAAUAGCGUGUGCCAGUCAAAGCAAAUGGAUAUUCACAUUCGUUCAUGGAAUCAUGACAAACACGAAGUUGAAAGUCGCUAUUAUACCUCAGUGUUUAUGGGGCAUGGAACAGCAGAGGACAUGCUUUCUCAUUUUCGUUCAGGCAUAGAAGGAAUUCCUCUCAAAAAAGUUUAUCAGGUAGGAUGCAACUCUCGUUAUGUUUGGGUAAUCCAUGAAAUUGUUUGCAAGAUAUGCUUCUUUGAAGUUGUAUUAUUUCUUACCCUCAAUUAUCGACAUUUCGAAAUAGGCAAUAGCACAAACUUAGUCUUCACACAAUUACCUAAUUUCAAUUAUUCUUUGUCAUAUUGCCACUCUUUUGAAAGACCUAUGUCUUGCCAUUAUUAAAAAGGUGUGAUCAAAUUGGAAUCAAUUAUAUUGUUUUCAUGACUGGCAUUUAAUUUCAUCGUUCGCCGGCGAACGAUAAUUACAAGAAGUUGCGUUAAAUUUUUUUUAACAUGAAAAUCUUUCAAUGUCUGUUAUUAUUUUGCUGUAGAAGGGCGAAAGAUGCAAGAUUACUUAAUCUAAUUUAUUGCAUGUAAUAUAAAUUGUGCGUUCACAAUCUAGCCAAUGUUCCAAAAAGCGAUAAAAUUGUAUUAAAUAGAAAUGAAACACCUUACUUGGUUUUCUGCCCUUUAAGGUCUAAAUAAAUCAACACUCUUUCAUUGCAAAUCUUCACAAUUCCAAUGCAUCCAUGACUAGUUCACUUCGUGUCUAGGUGGACAAUGACACGAACUCUGGGACGUAAUGCAAGUACUAAAUUAAAUAAUCUGUUUCCCUUUCAAUAUUACAAGGAAUGUUUUCUCUCAUACUAGUUGUCAAUGGAUGGACCCAACGUUAAUUGGAAAUUUUACAGUAUGCUGACUGAUGAGGCAAAAAGGGAGCAUAAUAGUCACAUGCUGAACAUUGGCAGCUGUGGUUUACAUUCUUCAUGGAGCAUUCAAGGAUGGUGCUGUGGCAUCAGGAUGGCAGUUAGACAGGUUGUUCUCCAGCCUUCACUGGCUUUUUCAGGACAGUCCGGCAAGGAGGGAGGACUACACCAAAGUAACAGGAAACUCACUGUUUGCUUUGAAGUUCUGCAAACAUAGGUGGUUGGAGAAUGUCUUGGUUGCAGAACGUACACAGAGUAUGUGGGACAGUGUUGUCAAGUAUGUUCAGAGUGCAAGGGCAGGAAAAGUUCCACAGCCACAGAAUAAAUCCUUUGAAACUGUACAAGAGUUUGUUGCAGAUCCCUUUACGACUGCAAAAGUCGCUUUCUUCCUAUCAGUAGCCAAGCAAGUGACACCGUUUUUGACACUCUAUCAAACCGACAAGCCUAUGCUUCCUUUCCUGGCUACAGACCUGUACAGCAUGCUUGGGGGAUUAAUGAGAAGAUUUAUUAAGACCACUGUUAUCAGUGAAGCUUGACCCUGCUGACUCCAGCAUUCAUGCCUCUCAUUCCAAGAUUGACCUGGGGUUUACAGCUGACAAGAAGAUCAAGGAGUCGAUUGCAAAGUCCACAGUUUCAGAGAAAAGAGUGCUUCAGUUUCAGAUGGAAUGCAAGGAGUUCCUUAUGAAAGUAGUUUGCAAACUGAUUGCCAAAGCACCAAUUCAGUAUUCCCUUGUAAGGAAUAUAAAUUGCUUAGAUCCAAGAAACAUGAUGAGUGACCAUGAUGUUUCCAUCACAAAAUUCAAGAGAGUUUUGACUACCCUUGAAAAUGCCAAGAAAGUCCCGGAAGGUGAAUGUGAUUCCCUUUUGGAACUAUUUAGACAAUUCAUUAUGGAAGUCCCUCUUCUUCUCCGUCGGAGUUCAAAGACUAUGAUCCUAACAAUGAUAGACUUGAUUCCUUUCUGUAUCUUCACAUGGGACAGAAGCGAUCCUACCAAUCAUUGUGGAAAGUAG